AUGUACAACAUAAAGUCGUUUCCAAUCUUCGAUAUGAAAUCAGUGAUUCGGCCUCGGACCUCGGCUUCAAAGUCCAGGAGUGACACCCAAAAGGAAUUUGUCUUUGACGCCUUCCGAAACCCGUACCUGAAGAUUAAGUCUGAGUCCGAGGAGUAUGGCGCCGAAGACGCUCACGAACACGAGUGUCAAGAGAAAUCAGAUCAUGUACCAGAUUGGGCACUUAUUGAGAGCUCGGAUCUUAUAGAGCACUUUGCUGUCGAUUUGAAGCUCAAGAAGCUUGGGAACGAUCAGGACAUGGUUGCACAAGACACCGAUCCAACGGUUACAAAAGCAAAAGCAUGA